UUUUCUUCCCGGCUGAGAUUGUUGCAUGUUUUGGUUUUUUAUUUAGGAAAACGCAAAGCUCAGUAGUUUUGACUUGCAAGAAGAUCACAUGCAGGCUAAUCUCAAUGAAUACAAAAAAAAAGCAGGCAGGAACACGUACCUCACGUUUUUAGGGGCUCGGGAUGUCAUCCGCAGCUGGUCGUGUGUGUUAAGUCCCCUCUCAAUUGGAGUCCGAAUGCAGGAGAAAAAUAGGAGAAGGAGAGAGAGAAAGCUUGUGUGCGUGUGCCGCAAGCCGCGCGCUCAAAUGAGAGCAGUGAGAGGCUGCUGGCGGAGCGCGAUCCGAGUCCUCGGCUCCGUGCGCAGGCUGUGAGAGACGCUGGUGCGCACAGUCACUCACACACACACACUCUCACACACUCGCUUCUUUCAGUCAGCAACUCGGUCAGCAAGACGAAAGACUUCCUUUUUUCUUUUCUUUUUUUAAAUUAAAGAAGAGGGAGAGAGACAUUUUUGAAGAGCAUUUUUAGAUUAGGAAGCCCAGAAGCAGUAAAACCUGCAAUAAUUAUUUGCAUUUUCAGAUAAUUUUCGGAGAGAUUUAAUGCUAAUGAUGCCAGUAUUUCCAGUGCGUCACAAAGGCAGAAAAGCUCCAGGUCAGGGUGACACAUUUCCAUUUUAGGCACUUUUUUCAACACCACCCCUCGUUCCUGGCCGGUCGCACGGCUUCCCAAAGCCCCGCGUCUCCUAUUGGGCCCUGUCUGCACGCUGUCGUAAUUGCUCGGUGACAAGUGGAGAUGAAGGAAUAAUUGUCAGGAGAUAGGGGUCGUUUUUUUUUCUUCUUUUUUUCUUUUUUUUUUUAAUGGGUGCACUGCCGAUUUAAGUAUGCAUGAGCGACGCGUGAGGGACGGGGCCAAAGAGGUGCUUGUUUAUGAUGCGAGUCUGUAUAAACACAGUUGGAGUGAUGACACUGAUAAUCGCACGCUCUUCCCCGUGACGCCCGACUCUCCGCGAAACACCCUCUCCAGCCUGCUGUCCCACACCGCUCACCUGCAGGCCCUACAAGCAGCAAGGCAAUUACUCCUACAGCAACCAGGCAGUGGCCUGAAAUCUCCAAAGAACAACGACAAACAGCGUCCAUUGCAGGUGCCAGUGUCUGUGGCAAUGAUGAGUCCACAGGUGAUCACACCCCAACAGAUGCAGCAGAUCCUUCAACAGCAGGUCCUUUCCCCCCAACAGCUCCAAGCCCUCCUACAACAACAGCAAGCAGUCAUGCUUCAGCAGCAACACCUGCAAGAGUAUUAUAAGAAACAACAGGAACAACUCCAUCUACAGCUUUUGCAGCAACAGCACCCGGGAAAACAAGUGAAAGAGCAACAGCAACAACAGCAGCAGCAGCAGUUGGCAGCACAGCAGCUGGUAUUUCAGCAGCAGCUCUUGCAAAUGCAGCAACUGCAGCAGCAGCAGCAUCUGCUCAACAUGCAGAGGCAGGGCCUCCUCUCUCUGCCCCCCGGCCCAGGACAGCCCACCCUCCCCGGACAGACUCUGCCGCCAGCUGGUCUAAGCCCCGCUGAACUCCAGCAACUUUGGAAAGACGUCACCAGUAGCCACGCCAUGGAGGACAAUGGACUAAAACACAGCGGUCUGGACCUGAGCACCACCAACAACUCGUCCUCUACCUCCGCCAGCAACCCCAAAGCUUCUCCUCCAAUCACCCAUCAUGGCAUCUCCAACGGCCAGUCCCCGGCCCUCAACAACCGAAGAGAGAGUUCGUUGCAUGAAGAGACUGGAGCAUCACACUCUCUCUAUGGUCAUGGAGUGUGCAAGUGGCCAGGAUGUGAAAGUAUUUGUGAUGACUUCGGACAGUUUUUGAAGCACCUUAACAAUGAACACGCUCUGGAUGACAGGAGUACCGCCCAGUGCCGAGUACAGAUGCAGGUGGUACAACAGCUAGAGAUACAGCUUUCUAAAGAACGUGAGCGUCUUCAGGCGAUGAUGGCACACUUGCACAUGAGGCCCUCAGAGCCCAAACCAUCACCAAAACCGCUGAAUCUCGUCUCCAGCGUCACCAUGUCAAAGAACCUCCCAUCUGUCUCGCCCCCUAACUUACCUCAGACGCCCACCACGCCCACCGCUCCAGUCACGCCCCUUUCCCAGAUGCCCCAGGUGCCCAACGUCCUGAGUCCUGCCAAUGUGCCCAGCAUGGGUGCAAUGCGCAGACGCCACACCGACAAAUACUCCAUGGCCUUGUCCUCAGAGAUUGCCCCAAACUACGAGUUUUACAAGAACGCCGAUGUCAGGCCGCCGUUUACUUAUGCAACCCUCAUCAGGCAGGCUAUCAUGGAGUCAGGUGACAUGCAGCUAACACUCAACGAAAUCUACAGCUGGUUCACGCGCACCUUCGCCUACUUCAGACGCAACGCCGCCACCUGGAAGAAUGCAGUGCGACACAACCUCAGCCUGCACAAGUGUUUCGUCCGGGUGGAGAACGUAAAGGGUGCCGUGUGGACCGUGGACGAAAUGGAAUAUCAGAAACGCAGAUCUCAGAAGAUAACAGGGAGCCCAACGCUGGUUAAGAACCUGCCAUCCAGUCUGGGUUAUGGGGCAGCUCUCAACGCCAGCUUACAGGCUGCGUUGGCGGAGACCUCUUUGCCGUUGCUGGGUAAUCCAGGCUUGAUGAAUAGCGCGUCAGGUAUGAUGGGGGCGAGUCCUCCAGGACUGAUGAGUGGCAGCCCGACCGGCCUAUUACAGAGCAGCAUGCAUGAAGAUCUCAACGGCACACUAGAUCACCUGGACACUAACGGACACAGCAGUCCUGGAUACUCCCCACAGACCCAACUGCCUCCAAUUCACGUCAAGGAGGAGCCACUAAACAUGGAUGACGAGGACUGUCCGAUGUCAUUGGUGACCACAGCCAAUCACAGUCCUGAGCUGGAUGAUGACCGGGAGCUUGAGGAGGGCAACCUAUCGGAGGAUCUGGAAUGACUAUUUUGCCCCACCCCUCCGCCAGGGCUCUGCCCCUUUCAGGCCCCACCCCUAUACUAAUCCACAACCACCGCGAACCCAAAAAGACUGGAAGCAGCAGGCGGAAGUAUUUAUUUAGCAUGCAUCUGGAGACUGGCCCGAAGAAAAUCUAUAGCGCAGAUCUUUAGGGACCACAGAUGGACAGACAUGAGACGUCUGCUGUUUAAAAACAAACAUAAAAGGAAGAACAAAAGGACAAGAUUUCAUUCGAAUCAGCUCGGCCACCUCACACAACGAACACGAGGCUCACGGACCGAAAAAAGACAGAAGUGAAACGGGAGCGAGUCCGUUUUGUAGAAUGCCAACGGCCACAUAUACUGCCAAAAAAAGAAGUUUUAAGUUUGUGAAUAUCCAAGCCACAGUAGUCGUCAGUGUUAGAUGCAAUUGCUGGUUCAAUUCAAGUUGUUGCUCUGUUAUUUUUUGCACACAAGUAGUAUCAAAAAUUAGUGUAACUGCCUGUAUGUUGACAAAAUUUUUAAAAGGAAAAAAAGCUGUUUUUUGUUGUUGAUGUUGUUAAUUUGUUUUUGCCCCCCCGCCCCCCCAUCAUUGUCGUUUUGUUUUGCCCGUAAUGUAGCUUACGUUCAUUUUGAGUCAUGUUUGCGGCACCACCAACUGUAAAUGGCAUUUCUUCAAAUCACAUCAGUAACACAACCAAGGUAUCAAGACUGUUGCAGCCAUCAAAAAAAAAAAAAAAAAAAAGUUCACAAAGUAGGUCUCGAGUCUCACUAGCUCCGUUUCUGCUGAAAACGUGAAAUGUGCUGCGAGUAUCACGCUGAGAGGAAAAACACGAAAGAAAAAGAUGCGUUUCUGCAUAUUCUUCUAGUCUCUUUACCUCCUUGUUCUAAAGCUUUGUCUACCUGCAGAGAGUCACAGGCAACAGCUAGAAACCAAAGCCAACACUAUCAACGGCCGAUAGCUUAGACAGAAGCCGCCAGCCUCUUUGGUCAGUCUUCUGUGACUUUAACUAGUACAAAGAGAAGAUUUUUUUCCACUAACUACCUUCGAAUAACCUCUGGGAUCGUCUCCUUUAGCCCUGUACAAAGAGAAAAUGAUUUUAAUGUAAUUUGAUUGACUUACGGAGCGCUCGCUCCGACCUCGUGAUGUCGGUCGACCCCAAAUAAAACGGGAAGACCUCGAUUCAGCGACCAUCACAGAGGUAGAGCAAGAGAGCAGCUAUAAAUGGAUCAUGACCAAAACAACCAUUUGUGGAAGUGCAGAAAACGUUUCUUUAGUAUUCCUUCUUUUUUAUUAUUAUUAUGAUUUGCGUAAGCCAUCUUGUUAUCGUUUUAACUAGUGAAAUGUACUGUUCAUUGUGACUGUCCAACGUGUCAUGUCUUAUAUCCGUCAGUUUCUUCAGAGCCGAAACCGAAAAUAUAGUAACCAAACUUUAAGAUAUCUAGUGAAGCCAAAAAAGUCAUGAUUUCAAGUCGAUAUGAAAUGAUGUGGCUUGGUUAUAUUGUAAAAGCAAACAACAGAGCCAUUACAGGAAGAGGACGAAUCUUUUUCCAGCUGACGUUUGCUUUGCUCCAUUGAUUCAGACUCAUUGUAUAAUUCAUGGCUAUAUAGACACAGCCCGUGUUGGAUCAUGGGAAGGUUUGUGGUUAAACCAUGUAUGAUGUAUAAGUAGAAACUGGUUAUUUGAGAUGAAACACUUUGAUUUGAACGUUGCUGAUGUCAUCAAGGAAAAGCGGUUGUUGCUUUAAAGUUUGCUUCUGUUUUCAGUCAAACCAAAGUUAUACAGACUUCUGCCUCUUCUUAUACAGCGGAUGGAGAUGAAAAUAACGCAAAGCCUGUUUCCUUUUCUUCUCUCUCUCUUUCCUUGAUUGUUCUCUAAUGCAGAAAACCCAUUUGAAACGGAUAACUGCUUUGUGUUGUAACCGAUAAUGUCAAAGUUUGUCUCUCUCUGUGUGUGAAACAUACUGUGCAGUUGUUCUCGUUUUGUGCCAAACCGAAGGGUUGGCUGCUAGUUUUAGCACACCAACACACACUCUCUCUCACACACACACACACACACACUAAUAAGACAGCAAAGCUGAAUCCAGGAACAAAGCGUAUCCCUUAUCCUUUGCUAGAGUCAGCAAAUUGACUUGAAGAUGACAUUCAUAAUAAUUUUUAUGGCACCAAAUAUAAGGACGCAGCGUCUUUGAAUAAGAAGAUACAAAAUGGGUUCUCCCACUUAUCCAAAAAAGGCUUCUACCUCUUCACAACGCGAAAAAUGGCCGAUUGCACGAAUCGUUAGAACGCCACUGACACAUUUUUCCGCCCGAUUCACACAGGAUGUCACCAAAAGCACCAGUUUACAUUCCCAAAGGCAGAUGUGGAAGGUUUGCAUUGAACUAGUUUGUCCUCAGAACAUUUGUAGAAUGAAUAUGUAAAAAUACCUGUAAGGGGAUAUUGUGUUAUUAAAAAAAUGCAUGUCUAAAUUCAUUUGGUGGACUGGAAAUAAGAAUUAAUAAACACGUAUAAUAAAACGUCAGGAUGAUGAUGAUGAUGUUGAUGGACUAAGUGCAUAAAGUGUGCAUACCUCAGCUAUACUGUUUCCGGGAGGAGAUGAUGAUGAUGAUGAUGAUGAUGAUCGGCAAAAGAAACUCUCAGCCACAGAAUGCAUAUUUCCUGUAGAGUUUGCAUGGGUUUUGUAAAAACAUUUUAAAAAAAUGUCUAAAAUAGUUGCUUGCACAUAAUACCAGAAGAACCUCCGGAUCGGCAAUCCCCUACAAUAGAUUUUAGGAUUGUCUGGGUUUUUUUUCUGGGAUGAUUUUGUCUGUAAUUUUGAUAAUUGUGCAUAUUAUGUAAAAAGAUACAAAAAAAAAAUGUUGGUGGACCCAUGAAUUUACCAGACAUUUUUUUUCUAAGCUAAAAAGAUCAGUGUUUUUUUCUCCUGAAUUUCCUGAAUUUUUACUGUUCUCUCAUUGCUUGCUAAGAAUAGCAAACCUGCUUUUCCUGCAUCUGCGUUGCGUAGCUGUAAGGCUUUUCCUAAUGUGUGUAUUUAUUGCUUGUACCUCUGUGCAUACGUUCUGAAGCAUUACGUCUGGCAGUUGAGUCAUGUAUCCUUUUUAAUAACUAUCAUUCUCCGGGAAUAUGAUCCCCUGUGUACUAUACAGUAAAUUGAGACUGUAGCAAAAAAAAAAAAAAAUGUUUAUGUAAUUGGUGAAUACCUUUUGGUUGUUUUUGACUUUUCGUUUGGAUUCGGUUCCUUCGAAUCGAGACUCCUUUUUGAUACUUUUCUUUACCGUGUACUGUUGUCCAUAUGUUACGGAUUUCUGCGAUAGAGGUCACGAUUGAGAACUGUAACGGCCGUCAUUAUUUUCUGUAUUCAUGGCUUUUCACUGCUGAAUAAAAUAAAGGACCAAAACUAGGAUUUGAAAA